CACACUAACACACACUCAUUCUUUCUCAAAGGUUCCUAUAAAAAUGAAACUUUUCAAAUUCCAAAUGCACAAACUGCAUUUGCCCGAACACAUUCUCUCAAAAUUCAGAAAUCCACAUUUCAUUACCGUUAAUCUUCCUCACUCCCACACUCAAAAUUCAAAAAAUUGUCGGAGAUGAAAUCGGCGACGAUGAUGAUGAUGAGAGAGAAGGGAAAGUUCAUCUAUAAAUUAUACAGAGCAGUAACCUUUUCUCUAACUCCAUUAAUCCACCUUCAUCUCCGAUUUCGCAAAUUCCGAGGUCUAGAACAUUCUCUUCGAUGGCCGGAGCGUCUCGGCCGCCCUUCUCUCAACCGCCCUCCUGGUCCACUUCUCUGGUUUCACGCCGUUUCUCUAGGAGAAGGAAUGGCGGCGAUUCCGGUGAUUCGACGUUGUUUGACAGAACGACCUGAUAUUAACAUUCUUAUGACUACUACUACACUUGCUGCAUUUGAGGUUUUGAAACACAAGCUCCCUCUAACCAUAAUCUAUCAGUUUGCUCCAUUAGAUUUACCUGCUGUUGUGGAAGCUUUUCUUGGCUAUUGGAAGCCAAAUGUUGUUAUAAUCAUGGAAAGUGAACUGUGGCCAAAUGUUGUAAUGGUUGCAUCUAAAAGUAAGAUGGCAUUAGUUUUGCUAAAUGCUCGAAUGUCUGAAAGAUCUUUCAAACAUUGGUCUGCACCCGCAGUUCUUCCGCUAAUUGCCUUGAUGCUGUCGAAGUUUUCCUUGAUCAUGCCAUUGAGCACGGCGGAGGCAAUUCGCUUUCAGCUACUGCAAGCACCACCUUUUAUAGUCAACAUAUCGGCUGACUUGAAAUAUUGUGUUGGAGAAAUCACAACUUCAACUAAUGCUUUGAAAGGCGUUGAACAGUUUUUGGCACAACUUAAUCAUAGGGAGGUUUGGAUGGCUUCUUCAGUACAUAAAGGUGAACAUGAAGUAAUGCUUCGAGUUCAUAAAACACUGGUCAAAAGCCACCCAAAAUUGUUAACUGUUAUCGUGCCUCGACAUCCACAUCAUGGGUUAGACUUUUCCAAGGCAUCAAAGAAAUUAGGUUUAACAAUAGCUUUGAGGUCUGAUGGUGGUAAACUUACAUCAGCAACAAAUAUUUAUGUGGCUAAUACAUUAGGUGAACUAAGAGAGCUUUAUAGGUUGAUGCCCAUUUCGGUUAUUGGGGGGUCUUUCUUACCAACUUCAUCUGGUCAUAAUAUUGCAGAAGCCAUGGCAGCUGGAUCUGCAGUUAUCACAGGUCCUCAUGUUGGUCACUUCUCACACAUGGUAUCAGCAAUGCAGAGCUUCAAUCCUCUGUCCAUUCUACAGGUUUCUGGAGAAGCAGAGCUAAUAAAAUCCCUCCAUGAACUCCUAAGUGAUCCCCUUAAAUUGGAAGCUCGGCAGACAGCUGCAAAACAAGCAUUUCAUGCACUAUCUUUUGGGAUCCUCUCACGUGUGUGGAUACAACUUGAUUGGUUCAUUCUUAAAAGGCUUCCUGUUUGAGCAGGAAAUCUAAAAAGAUAUGUAAAUAUUCAAUUCGAAGGAAGUUUCUGCAUUCAAAAGAUACAAAGUUUCUGCAGUUAAGUAUUUUGUUCUUACUGAAACAAAGAUAUGUAAAUAUUGUAGUAUUUUGUCCUCUCACGUUUUGCUUCUCAUUAUAAUCUAUGUUACUCGUACUCUUCAUUUCACCUCAAAUAGCCGUGUCGGACCCUCGACACUCGUAUAUGGUAGGACACUUAGACACUACAUAAGCUAUAAAAAUCACAAUUUUAAAACAACACUUCUAUGAGUUUAUAGGCUGGUUAAAUUAGGUAAUCACAAGUGCUGUGAGGUACUGUAUAGACCACCUUUGGUGCCUUGUUUUUUAGAACCUCCACCAUGGUUACCUCCACUAUUACAUAGAAUCUUAAGCCCUUGCGCCUAGAGACUCAACUGCGCUGAGUGCCCCUAUACCCCUACCCUGCACGUGGACACUGGUUACCUUGUGGGCUUUGACAAAUGGCUGGAGAAGACCUUUUAUUACCAAUAUAAAAAGAAAGGAAAUUGUAUUCUUCGUAAUUAUAAGAGCUUUCUCUCCUUGUAUAUGAUUUUAUUUUUCUUUCUUGCAUAUGAUUCUAUUUUUCUUUCUUCCAGUGCAUCAGCUUGUUCAUUACGGAUCUUGAUCUCAGAAAAUUUCUCUCUCUAGAAAUAGAGAGCCUCUCACUCUAGAAAUAGAGUUCCACCCUCUUUAGGGGUUUGGUGGUGGAGGUCCGGCAAUUAGCUUACUAGGAAAACAAAAUCCCAUCAUUACUUGUCCUGGGAGAAAGAAUUACCUACAGUAAUUACUUUGCCUUGCUUUACCCUGUGCCGCCACGUGGCAAGCCUGGUUGGUGCCUUGUAGAAAGGCCAAUAGCUUUCCACCCUACAAUCAUUACCUUAGUAACGUCAGUUCCCCAAGCUUCUUAUUCCGUUAUCCUAAAUGAUACCUCCGUUAACUCUUUCGCCUUUUCUCGUUUAAUGGAGUUUCUCCUUCUUAACAGAAUAGGCUACUCUAGUUUAACAGAGUUAAUUUUGAUCUUUCUUGGUUAAGUAAACCAACCAAUUAAUUACGGUAGUAAUUCGCGUUUACCAAAGUUUAUCUGCAUGGUUUUGUCGCCAGCAUUGAGGCAAGAAGCUGAAACGCCUCCCUGCUGUGGUGGUAGUUUAAAAGCACAACUUACCUCACAACCAGUGCAUUCACUUCCCUUCAAAUCUUACUCUUUCAUCAACAUAAUCAAUCUUUUUCAACAUGAAUAAUAUUCCUUAUGUCAACAGAAACAUUAAUAGAGCUGCAGCCCUGGCAGAAAUUGAACCGAGUAGAGUACAGGGAAACAGGGCAUUUUGGAGUUUGUGUGUGUAUGGCUAUCUUAUGGAUUACCGCACUUUAAGCCCUGCUUCAAUUCGAAAUUUUGUUAAUUCAAGGUGGAGGAAAAGAGGGUACAUUGAUGUUUUUAAAAUGAAUGAUCUCUAUCUCUUCAAGUGCUCGAACGAAGAGGACAAAAGAGAGAUGCUAGAGAUGACGAAAGCGAAUUUUGAUGGAGCAUUAAUGGUCUUCGCUCCGUGGCUGCCAAAUCAGGUACCACACACGGUUAGGUUCAGACGUGCCAAGUUUUGGGUCAGAAUUUGCGGGCUCCCCUGUGAAUAUUUAAAUUCACACAUGGCGAAAACUGUUGGGAAAAUGCUUGGCAUGCCUUUCGAAGUUGACUUUGAGCCAAACUUUGUGCCAAGGAACGACUAUUUGCGGAUCCAAGUCAAACUCACCCUUGGAGAGCCACUCGUACCGGGGUUCUUCCUCAAACUUGAUGAUGAUUCGGUGAUUUGGAUCCAACUAAGGUAUGAGAAUUUAUUUAAAUAUUGUGUUCGCUGUGGUCGAAUUGGUCACAAGUAGGCCUGGUUAUUGGGUAGGGCUACCCAAUGGCAAAAGGGUCGGGCCUAAUACUAAAGGGUUUUGACCCUUUAUUUUUUUAAUGGACAGGGCUUUUAUAGGGUCUUAUUUUAUAGGGUUUUUAUAGGGUUUUAUUUUAUAGCCCAAUAAUUUAAUAAUUAAACUAAAGAGCCCAAUAAUAAUUGUAAGGGUCAGCAGUCAGUUACUACCUCUCUUCCAUUUUCUCUCUCCUCCAUUUUCUCUCUCCUCCAUUGAAGCCACUCAGAGUUCUCCAUUGAAGCGCAACUUCAGAGUUUUCCAUUAAAGCACUCAGAGUUCUCCAUUGAAGCGCAACUUCAGAGUUCUCCAUUGAAGCGCAACUUCAUAGUUCUCCAUUAAAGCGCACUCAGAGUUCUCCAUUGAAGCGCACUCAGAGUUCUCCAUUGAAGCCGCGCACUCAGAGUCUCAGGUAACAUCAUUUUCUCUCUCUUAAUCUGUUAUUCAAUUUUAAUAUCUGAUUGAAGAUCCGGUUUAGGUUAUAUGAUGUGAUCGAAAAUCAAUUCAAAUUGGAUUUUCUUCUGGGUGAUUUUGCUUCUUACUUGAGCUUGGAGAGUGAUAAAAGGAUUGUGGGUAAUUUUGCUACUUAUGAGUCUGUUGUUCUUGGUGUUGCUAAUGCUGAUUUAUUUUGGUGUUUUUAAUUAUAAUUUGGGAGUUUUUUUUGCUUGAUUAUAAUUGUGUUUGAUCUGAACUCAUGGAUGAAUGAUUAUAACCCUUAAUUUUGUGUGCUAA